ACAGCCUCUCUGCAGCAAAAAGCAGAAAAUAAAACAAAGCCACAACUCUGGAAAAAUGCUCAGAAAUUUUCUUGUAGCGUCUCUUUGCCUCCUCGCCACAGUAAAUCUGUUUGGAACAACCGACUCAUCUACUACGUCAGAACCACCAACAACACCAACACCACAAAGCACCACAGACAUUAGUACUGAAACUUCAGCUAGUCCACCAACUUCACCAACCUCAACCCCAACUGGUUCACCAGCCACAGUCGACCAAACUGGUGAAACUGGUUCACCAACCACAGUCGACCAAACUGGUGAAACUGGUUCACCAGCCACAGCCAGCCUAAACUCAACCACAGUCCUCCCCUCGUCGGGACCGGCCUCGUCAGAGCUGUCCGGAGGGGCGAUAGCCGGCAUCACCAUCGGUACCAUCGCCGGGGCGGGCUUACUGGGCGGUGGCGUCUACGGUCUGCUGAAAUACACUAAAAAAAUCUGACAACAAUUCCCCCCCCAUCAAAGACUUAAAUGUUGAAACAUCGCACGCUGCAACGUUUCCUAUGAUCCGAUCCGGUUAGCGGGGCGGGGAGGAGGCGGGCUUUUCUCAAAGGAUCUGAAUAAAACCGUCAGUGAAAGCUUCAUGGCCCACCAGGAAUAAAUCCAUUAUAGUUUCUUGACUGCAUUUCUUUAAGUCAGAUGGUAAUUUUGAUGAUGAUUUUAACGUAACAGCAAAUGCUCUGCGAAUUUAUCGGUUUCUGUCUGCAGUGAAUGGCAUAAAUGUUUUGACCAGAAGGUUUUGUAGUCACUUAUGAAAAUAUGUGAAAAACUGUAAUUAAGAUUAUGAAUAAUUUAUAACAUUUAGUGUGAUGAAUAGCCAUCUUGGUGGAUUUACAUCCUCAUUAGAGACUCGCUCUCUUUCACUCCUUCAGCUUUAAUAAAAAACGGUUUUAGUUUCUUUUGUCAUCUAGAAAUAAAAAUGUUACAAACCUUUACAACCAUCCAGACAGGGCUUCACUGCUGAGGCUUUAUAUAUAUUUCAGAACAUAAAGUUGGUUUAUUUUCAUAUAAUAAAUAAAGAAAAUCAGACAAUUAAA